AUGGAGGCCCUCCAGCCUCACGCUGGGGGCCAGGCUCCUUCAUCUCCAUCUUUUCUCCGCAAGUCCUUUGCUGCUUUAUUUUCAAACAAUACAGCCACGCCUUCGCUGUCCGUUCUGGCGACUCCCUCCACCCACAAAGGGGAGCCUGCGCUGAUAUUCUCACAAGUAGCCAUGGAGAAGCUUGCUGCCCCAUAUCGACUUGCAUUGGUGGGCAAGUUCUCAAGGGGUCGACCGAAGCUAGAGGAGUUUUUUGCGCAAUUCCAUUCGGAUGCUGAUUUCCACAGAGUGUGGGCAAGGGGGAUUUGGUACGUUCAUGGACAUCCGAUGAGGGUCUUUAAAUGGACUCCAUCAUUUCAUGUAGAUCGUGAGCCAUCUGUUGUCCUAGUGUGGUUCCAGAUGCCCAAGCUGCCCUUGCAUUUGUUCCAUAAGGAAACGUUGUUCCAAAUUGCGGAGGUGGUGGGCGUGCCUCUGUUAGUUGAUGCAGCAACUUUGGCGGUUUCCAGACCUAGCGUUGCUAGGGUCUGCGUGGAGGUGGACUUGAUGAAGCAAAGGCCUUCGAGGGUAUGGAUUGGGACCGGACAGCAUGAUGGAUUCUGGCAGGAGCUGGUGCCGGAAAACCUUCCCCCUUAUUGUUCCCACUGCUUCAGGCAGGGGCACACGGAGGUGGGUUGCCAUGUGUUGCACCCAGCAUUGAAGCCUGUCAAAGUGGGGGGAGAUGGGGAGAGGCUUGGGCAGCCUGCUGAAAGGGGCAUUAAGCCCAGGCAGAGGCAGCGCGAGGGGGUGCAAGAUAGCACAGCGCUGGUUGCAAAUUCAGCAGCGGUUGAGGAGGCCGCAGCGACGAAGGUGUCCGGCUUGGAGCCGCCGAGCGAGACGGCAGCGCUGGUGGAGUCUCAAGCUAUGGUUGGUGCUAUGGUGUCCACAUCCCAAUCCGCUGGUGCUACGGCUGCAUUGGCGGAGCCGCAGACAGUGGUAGCGGUCGAGGUUGCCGAGCAACUUUCUGCAGAGGUGGUGGUGUCGGCUGAGAAGGAGUUGAACCAUGAGCAGGAGUUCGGCGAUAAUGGUGCAGUAGCCGUUGAAGGAUUUGAGGUGGUGUUGGUGGGAGGGCAGGAUUUGAGCAAGGAGGAAGAUGAUUACGGUAAUGAUGUGCGCAUGGGAUCAGCGGAACGGCGUCCAACAGAGGCUCACAUGGGUUCUAAAGAUGUCUUGGCAGAAGAGGAAGAGCUUCGUGAGUUGCAGGAGCGGGUGGGUAACCUGUCACCAAGAGGUGAUUCUCACAUGGUGCCUGACGUACUAUCUUCGAUGGUAAGUGACCAUCAGUUGGGUGCACUGAACCUGGAGCCUAACGAAUUAUCUCUGGUGCGGCAAGUUGAGCCGCAGAAGAAAGGUACUAAGGUCAAUGCUAUGUCUAGUCGUAUUUUACGCUCUAAAGAGAGGGAAGGGCUAUGGGGAGAGCUUUUGCGAGAGAAGCAGGAGGUUAAGCCCUGGUUUCUGGUGGGGGAUUUUAACGUGAUUUUGUCUGCAGAGGAGAAACGGGGCGGCGUUCCUUUCAGGCAGGCUGAUAGGAUGGAAUUAGCACAGUUCAUGUCUUUAGCAGGGGUUGGAGAUGCUGGCUUCUCGGGGUCUAGGUAUAAUUGGUGCAAUAAUAGGCAGGGUAUGGCUAGGGUUUGGAGACGGUUAGACAGGCUGUUGAUUAACUCAGCGGCUAUGAGGAUGGAAUGUGAUUUCACAGUACGGCAUUUGGGGAGGGACCCUUCGGAUCAUGAGCCACUUCUGUUAUCUGCGGUGACGAGAUUGGAUGGUAAGCCAUCGCCAUUCCGCUUCUUGAAUGUUUGGACAACAAAACCUGGUUUCCUGGAUGUUGUUAAACAGUGUUGGUCUGGCUCCCUUCCUGGUUCGCCUCUCAAGGUUUUAUCGGAGAAGCUCCGAAAGAUGAAACAAGCGCUUCGCCAAUGGUCUAGGAGUUCUUUUGGGGAUAUAUUCUUGGAGAUUCGGUCGGCGGAGCAAAAGGUGGCAGAGGCUGAACUAGCCCAUGAUGACAACCCUUCCGAGGAAUUACUGAUACAACUACACAAGGCACGAGCUCGGUUGCGCAAUGCUUUGGUGGUUGAAGAAGAGUAUUGGAAGCAGAAAGCUCGGGUUAAGUGGCUGGCGGACGGUGACCGGAAUACGGCUUUCUUUCAUUCUGUUGUGACGGAGAGGCGGAGAAAGUCGGUUAUUCAUCGGAUUCGGAGGACAAAUGGCGACUGGGUGGACGAUGAGGCAAGUAUUUGUAAUGAGGCCGUCUCUUUCUUUCAGGGUUUGUUUACAGAGGAGGUGGGAAGAGCCUCCAGUGACAUGUUGGAGGUCAUUCCGAGGGUUCUUAAUGAUCAGGAUAACAGCGGGCUAACAGAGAUCCUUUCUAUGGACGAAGUGAAGGAGGUCCUGUUUUCAAUGGAUGGGGACAGUGGCGCGGGUCCGGAUGGCUUUACAGGGAAGUUUUUCACGGCGGCUUGGGAGGUGGUUGCUGAGGAUGUUCACCGGGCCAUAGAGAGCUUCUUUUGUGGCGCGGAGUUGCCCGCUACUGCCAUUGUUUUGUUGCCUAAGGUUCUCUGCCCACAGGAUUUUACACAAUUCAGACCGAUAAGUUUAUGCAACUUUGUCAAUAAGGCCAUCUCUAAACUCUUAUCCGUCCGACUAGCUAGGGUCCUUCCGCGGAUUAUCUCGCCGCAGCAGAGUGGUUUCGUGCCAGGACGACAAAUGGCGGAUAACUUUCUCUUAACUCAGGAGUUGUUGAGCGAUAUUAGGAAACCCAACCGGGGAGGGAAUGUGGUGCUCAAGUUGGAUAUGAUGAAGGCCUACGAUAGGGUAUCAUGGCUGUUUUUAAUACAAGUCCUUCGGUGGUUUGGGUUUAGCGAGCUGUGGAUUGAUAUGGUGUGGAGGCUGGUCUCAAAUGUAUGGUUUUCUGUCAUUGUGAAUGGCUCGCUGAAGGGGUUUUUCAAGUCCACCCAAGGUUUGCGCCAGGGUGAUCCGAUAUCGCCGGCUUUGUUUGUCAUUGGAGCGGAGGUGCUUUCGCGUUCUCUGAAUGCCUUGGCGGUGAUAGGCGUUUCCAUCCCUUCAAAGUUUCGAGUGGAUGCCCUAUGGUCACGCACUUGA